UACAAGGCAAAGAAGUUAGCAGUACUGAAGAAUAUUGUAUGGCUUCUAGUUAACUUGCAUGCAGACCAGACCUCUCACCAGCAGAUCAGUUGGACGCCCCUUUGAAGCUUUAAGAUAUUACACCACAAAAAUUGCACCAACAGUGACUCAUAAUUAAAUAUGGCUACCAAACCGGGGAUCCUCACUAACUGGCCAUGGAAGCCUCUUGGCCCAUUCAAGUACAUGAUUUUGGCUCCAUGGGUUGUUCAUAGCACAUACCAGUUCAUGGUGAAGGGAGAAAGCGAGAGAGACUUAUUCUACUUCCUCAUAUUUCCGUUUCUUUUGGUGAGGAUGCUUCACAAUCUCAUAUGGAUUUCUCUAUCUCGUUACCGAACCGCCAAAGGCAAUAAUAGGAUUGUGGAUAAAGGCAUUGAAUUCGAGCAGGUUGAUCGAGAACGCAACUGGGAUGACCAGAUAUUGUUAACCGGAGUUCUAUUUUACAUUAGUUACAUGAAAGUUACCCAAAUUCAUAAGCUACCAGUGUGGAGAACAAAGGGUGUGGCUAUCACGUGUUUGCUGCAUGCUGGUCCGGUGGAGUUCCUCUACUACUGGUUUCACAGAAUGCUGCACCACCACUACCUUUACUCUCGUUACCAUUCCCAUCACCAUUCCUCCAUUGUCACCGAGCCUAUUACCUCUGUCACUCAUCCGUUUGCGGAACACACGGUAUAUUUCAUGCUCUUUGCAAUACCAAUGCUUACAACAGCGUUCACCGGAACAGCCUCUAUCGCAUCCGGUUUUGGUUACAUCCUUUAUAUUGAUUUCAUGAACAACAUGGGCCACUGCAACUUCGAGCUCAUUCCAAAUUGGGUCUUCUCCCUCUUUCCCCCACUCAAAUACCUCAUGUACACUCCCUCGUUUCAUUCUUUGCAUCAUACCAAAUUCCGCACCAACUACUCACUUUUCAUGCCUAUAUAUGAUUACGUCUAUGGUACCAUGGACAAAUCCUCGGAUGCUCUAUAUGAAGUUUCCCUCCAAAGACCCGAAGAGUCACCCGAUGUCGUACAUCUAACGCAUCUUACGACGCCCGAGUCCAUCUAUCAUCUACGGCUAGGAUUUGCCUCCUUGGCCUCCAGGCCCCACUCGUUUCAAUGGUACUUGAGGUUGUUGUGGCCAUUGACAUUAUUUUGGUCUGUGAUUAUAAAUUGGAUCCAUGGCCGUGCUUUUGUUCUAGAGAGGACCACCUUCAAAAACCUCAAAUUGCACUCUUGGGUGGUACCAAGAUACCAUAAACAAUAUAUAUCACAAUGCCGAAGAGAGGCUGCCAGGCUCCUCAAUAGCUUGAUUGAAGAAGCCAUACUAGAUGCUGAACUGAGAGGAGUGAAAGUGCUAAGUCUAGGUCUUCAGAACCAGGGAGAGGAACUUAAUGCGAAUGGUGAGCUUUACAUCCAAAAAUUUCCUCAGUUGAAAAUAAAGCUGGUGGAUGGAAGUAGCUUAGCUGUGGCUGUGGUACUAAACAGCAUUCCAAAGGGAACAACCCAAUUGAUGCUUAGGGGCAAUCUUACUAAGGUUGCUUAUGCCAUUGCCGAAGCUCUAUGUGAAAAUGGAAUCCAGGUGGCAGUUUUAUAUGAGGAUGAAUAUGAUAAGCUUAAACAAAGGCUCACGGCCUCCAACUCAAAAAGUGAUAACUUGGUCCUAUCAACAGGUUACGCUGAUCAGAAGAUGACAUGGCUGGUGGGAGAUGGAUGGGCCGAAGACGAACAACUGAAAGUAUCGAAAGGAACAUUAUUCAUUCCUUUUUCUCAGUUCCCACCGAAGAAACUGCGGAAAGAUUGUUUCUACCACAGCACACCGGCAAUGAUCGCCCCCGCAUCUUUCGCGAAUAUGCACUCUUGUGAGAAUUGGCUGCCAAGAAGAGCGAUGAGUGCUUGGCGUAUUGCUGGAAUAUUGCAUGUAUUGGAAGGGUGGAAUGUGCACGAGUGUGGUAGCAUGACCAUGUUCAACAUCGAGGAGGUAUGGCAAGCAUGUCUUCGACACGGAUUCCAACCUCUGAUGACGCCCGCCUAGCUAACCAUCUAGCAAGUUCCAAAUUAAAAGGGAUAAAUAAAUAUAAGGGGAUUAAGAUGAUAGAUCUAUCCCUAGGUACGUAGGUGAAAGAUUUGUGUUUCAAAUUUCAAUGCUAGAUUGUCAUUAUUGUCGUCUAAAACAAGGGCCGGAUAUAUAGGCUCAAUAUUCAGGUUGUUG